CCUUGCUCAGGCUGUGCACCAGGCUUGCGUGUCCUCCUUGCUCACCUCAUCCACGCGCUGGACGCGCGUCCCCUUUCUCAGCUCUUUAUUACGCCCGACACGACCUACUUUCUAUCUACCUUCAUCUCUCACCACCACCAUACCUAUCACCCUCGCUUCAUCCGUACCAAUGUCGGGCUCAUCAACCCCAGAACGCGACGCGGGACUCCUGGCCAUCGGCCAGCAAUGCUCAGCUUCGUCCUGCAUGCUCGUCGACUUUCUCCCAUUCAAGUGCCACCACUGUAGCCACCCUUUCUGCGGCGAACACUUCCUCCCGGAGGCGCACAAGUGCGACAAGUUCGACGCGAGCAAGCACAAUCGCGUCGCGCCUUCGUGUCCGCUUUGCAACACACCGGUCGCUGUCCCUCCCGGGCAGGAUCCGAACAUACGCAUGGAGAUGCACAUCAACUCGGAGUGCUCUGUGAUGACGGGGAAGACUCGCAAGAGCUCGCACCCGACUUGCGCGCGGGCGAAGUGCGGCAAGGUCUUGUAUGCCCCCAUUCAAUGUGACAAAUGCAAGCAGCAAUUCUGCCCCCAGCACCGCUUCCCAACAUCGCAUAUGUGUUCCUCGGGCGCUCCCACCAAGUCAGCGUCGUCAUCCGCCAGCCCCUUCCAGUCGGCGUCGUCACAGGCCUCAGCAGCCAUGGCUACCAUCCAGCGAGCGAUGGCUUCGACGAACAUUUCCCACUCUGCUGGUACCACAGCGCGGGGCACCACAACGCAAGCGAGGAACGCCCCUCAACCGCCUACUGAUCGUCGCGCGAAGGCGGAGCGCGAGAGUCGACGGCAGGCGAUCGCGAACCGCGCGAAGAAGGGGCUGCCGUUGACUGAGGAGGAGAAGGCUAUCCUGGCGGAGGGUCCGCUGAAGGACGAGUGUGUUGUCAUGUAGUGUUCGUUUAUUUUAUACCAUCUAUGUGGACUUGGUUUUGGACUUC